AUGGCUGAUGCCCUCCUGCGCCUCAAGCCGCAGCCGAUCCGCUGGGCUGGCAAGGGAACAAAGGCCUCCGAGCCCAAGACGAGCAUGGUUUCCCCCCAGCCCCGGGCGGGCAAGGGCAAAGGGGGUGGCAAGGCAAACCUGCGCGACGAUCCCAAGAGCAUUGUGGUAACCAUGGUCCGGGCCCUCUGCGUUGCGCGGAGCGGAGAGGAGGCUGAAGCUGGCACAGGCAAGUCAUACCGUAGACCUCUGGUUCUAACGCUAGCACUACCAGUAAACUCAUCCUACUUGCGGCUUGUGCCGGACCUCAGCGCGAGGAAGGCUCUCAAAAGAGUUAUCAACCUGGUCAAGGCAUUCCGUGAGAGCCAGGAGACACUUGGCCCGGCUUGUGAUGCUUUCAACAGGUUGAUGCCGGGCGGAGAUGUGCCACGUUCAAGGUCUGGCAAGCUAUACUUCUUCGAGUCCCAUGUUGAGAGCGACACUGUUGCAGAUGCUGAAGUUAUCAUGGCGUUCCUGCUGAAGACAUCUGUCUUUCAGAAGGCUUUCCGUGACUACGACGACCACCACAGGGACGACCACCACGGGGACGACCACCACGGGGACGACCGCCACGGGGACGACCGCCACGGGGACGACCGCCACGGGGACGACCGCCACGCCACAGUGUGCCACCUCCACAGCCAGAUUGAGGUGGCAUAUGUCAACUGGGCCAAUGAGCUAGCUCGGGCUUACAUUGACAUCGGCAUGACAAGCUACCCCGCCCUGCAAGGUGUAGGAGAUCUUCGGACCAAGCCCAAGACGACGCUCCUGGGUGACAUUGUGGAAGUAAAGCGUGGGUCUGUAGAUCUGGGGGCCUUGGACCACGCGGAGCUUGACGUCAUCUUGGUCAAGAAGCACCCUCGGGACCGCUCAAAGAUCUCAUACACGGCCUCCCACAAGGCCUCAUAUGACGACACGUACGAGUUCGAGGACACCGACACCGACACGUACGACGACGACCCCGGCGUGUGGGCUAUUGCCGAUGACACCUGUAUUUCCCUGCCCUCCGACCUCGUCCCCCUUGCCAACAUGAUCUUGGAGCCUCCUGCCUAUGGGUGGGCCACUGGUUGUCCCGGUGGCAAGUUGACACAUGGGCGUGCCAUCAUCGCAACCAACAUUGAGACGGAGCAACGUGGUGGCCAGCGAGGAAGCUCCAUCCACUUUUCCCCCGCCAUUGAUCUUUUCCAGCUUUCUCCCUCAUGGCUCGGCCGCUCUGAAGACCUAGGAGGUCUUGAUGGGAUCUUGUUCCCCAGCAAGGAUGACAACGCCGAGGUGUCUGGAUCGGAGCUUCAUCUGGUGACAAUCAUUGCCGCAAGGCUUCUGGAGCACCUGAAGAGGCGGACACCUGCGCCGUGGCCCUCUGCUCAGUCCCCCGUCCCCCUCACACCUCAACAAGUCCGAAAUGACACCCAGGGUCUCCGUCCUCGCCCCGCGAGGCCCCCGCCUGCGCCCCGCACAGCGCCCCGCCCAGCUCAGCAAGCCCGCAAUCUCCGUCCUCCCCCCCUGGGCGCAGCUCAGCAGGCCCGCGGCCUCCGUCCUCCCCCCCCAGCCACAGCUCAGCAAGCCCGCGGCCUCCGUCCUCCCCCCUCCAGCGCAACUCAGCAAGCCCGCGGUCCCCGCCCUCCUCCCACCCCGGGGCAGCCAGCGCCCAGACCCCACGCAGCUCGGGACCUUCAAGUUCUCCGUCCUCGUCCCCAGCCCCCAUCAGCGGCCGACACGCCGGCAGUCAUUGUGCAUUCCGCCGCCCCGGAACCAGCCCUUGUGGUCCACCCAGGGGGGCCAGCGACGCCCGGCCCCCGCCCAGCUACGCCGUCACCCCCUUCCACACCCCCUGCUCAAAUCACCUCGGAUUGGACCACAGUGGUCAAGCGGCGCUCAGCACGCAAUCUGCGCAAGGUCUCUCCAUCGCCUUCGCCUGCGCCCAAAGCACCUAGCCGGCCUAGGGAUAGGUAA